AUGGAUGUUGAUUAUAUAAACUCUUCGUUUUCUACAUUGGACGAUCUAUCUAAUGCUUCUGAAAAAAUUGAAGAAUUGAAAAAAUUACAAACUCAUGUGAAAGAAAUUGCUGAAUCAAAAGCAGCAAACACGACACCAUCACCCACUUCCAGUAGUGAACAGGUGUUAACAACAAAACUAAAUCAAGAAAAAUUAGAACAAGCCAUCAGUCAAUUGACCACUGAUAUUUUGCAAUUAGAAAACGUUGAUGAUGAGAAUGUUGUUGAUAUACUUCAACUUAUCAUUGAAGAUCAUGGGGAUUUGCCGAUUUUAAUCGACUUGAAAGGUCAAUAUGAAAUCAAAUUGGAAACAGUAAAAACCAUUGAAAAGUUGAAACAAUGGAAAUCAAUCCAAGAAAAAUUAAACCAAAAGUUGACAUUAUAUGAGUUGAAAGAACUUUAUGAUCAAAUUUCUAGUCUUGAUGAAACAAAUGAAGACUUGGUGAUACAAUUAAAUACUGAACUUGAAUUGCGUAAAUCAGAAUUGGAAUCUGGAUUUAAAGUCACAUUGAAGGAAAGCAAAUGGUUAUCAGAUAAAAGUAUUUCCAAUCAAGCCUUGACAUCUAUAUCUACACAAUUCCAAGAUUUGAUCAUACUACAAUCAAUCAAUGCAUCUCCAAUUUACCCAAACACUUGGUGGGGGUUGGAAUUGCUUUUAGAACCCAUUAUCACUAGGUUUAAUUACCACUUUAACAGUGCAAACAAGGAGACUAAUAAAUUAUCCAAACCGGAAUGGGCAUUUGAUUUUUUGGAGUCUUUCUUAACAGAAAACUUGCCCUUGUUGCAAAUCAUAGUGGACGAUACCUUUAGACCAUUGCAGAAAAUUGGUGUCUACGAGAUCAUCACUUGUUUGUUAAAUCCAUUAAGAAACAAAGUUGAGAAAAUGGUUGAGUUGAUUGAUGACCGAGUAUCAGCUACAAGUGGCACUUCUUCUCUUGAAAAAAAUGGAAGGUUGUUGUCUCAUUUGAUUUUUGAGUUGUCUGCAUUUGAUCAAAGAAUCAAGGAAAAAUACAAGUACAAUCCAUAUAUUGAAGAGUUUGACAAAGUUCCACAAGAGAAAUGGUUGGGUAUAACGAGUGAUAUUUUACUUAACGAUCAAAACCAUGCAGUUAAAAAUUGGUUGGAUUUUGAAAGUCAAUUAGCGGUCAAGAGAUUUGAAAAUGAAAUCAUCAAUACCAAGGAUUCGUUCAGAAUCGAUUACGAUUAUCAAGGUAGUAAUCACGAAGUAAGCUUGCAUAUUCUAAGACCUACUUAUUCUGCUUAUGGUUUGGUUAAGUUGAUUAACAAUUUAAAUUCUCAUUUCCAGACAUUGAGUAUUGUUAAAUAUCAAUUACAAUAUGUUUCACGUAUUCAAUUGAGUUUAAUUGAUCGAUAUUUAGAAGUUGUCAAUGAACAAUACAAGAGUUUCAGUGAGAAAUACAGUUUGAAGAACAUGAUGAAUAUGAUUCCUGGAAGUAUGACAGACGAUACCUCCAAAGGUGCAAAUAAUUCGGAGCAUUUGGUGAAUGGAUUAACUAUGUUGACAGAAAUUUUUUGCUCAGUAAAAUUUAUUAGUAAUGCCUUGGGAACAUGGAGUGAUCAAUUACUUUUUAUUCGAUUAUGGAAAACAUAUACUGGAUUAACUCUGGAAAUCACCGAAGAUAAGAGUAUUUUUGAUGCAGCAAUUGCACAGUACGAUGAGUUGUUGAAUAAAGUGUAUAAAAGUUUUGAAGAAUUUUUCAGAAGCGAGAUUAAGCAGUUGCUUAAAGUCUAUGUUAACUCAAGUCAGUGGGAAUUGAGUGGUGAUGGUAACUCGGAACCAUCAUCACAUUUAUCAUCUUUGGUUAAUACUUUACCAGAAUAUUUGACUAUUUUACAUAAAAGCUUGUCGAAUUUGGACUAUUUUAUUAUUACCGACAAAAUUGUUUCUAUUUUAUGUGAUAUUCUAUUUGAAUAUGUUAUAAUUAAUAAUGAAUUUAAUAGACUGGGAAUCGACCAGUUGAUACUUGAUUUUGAGUAUAUCAUCAAGAUCUUACAACAUCAUUUGCAUUUUAAUACUGGCGAAGGGGCUGAUUACUCAAACGAUCUCAACCCAGAUUAUAUAAAAAUUGCUCAGGCUAUUGAUUUGAUGGAUUCUGUUGAUGAAGAAACUGUGAGAAAAUACAAAGUGAGGGAAAAGAAGCUAGAUACUGUAUUUUUAAAUGAGUUGAGAUUGAAGUAUCAACACGAAUUGAAAGAGUUGAACUAUCAUGACAUUAGUAAUAUAUUAAACAGGAUCAAUAACACGUCUUAA